AUGACCGAAGCUAGUAGUGUCUCAACAGUUAAUGCAAAGGAGUUGAAGGAUCUAUGUGUAAGACGUAGUUCUGUAAAAGGCCGUAUUACUAAAUUUAAAACUUAUUUGAAUUCUAUUUCCUCGAUUAGUUUGACGUCGCUUCAGAUAGGCGAAUUACAAUUGAAGGUAGAUAGAAUUAAAAAAUUGUCAGAUGAUUUUGAUAUGCUACAAUCACGAAUAGAAGUACUUAAUUUUGAGAAUAUGACCAGUGAGCUUAUCGAGCGUGAUAAUAUUGAACAGGAUUUUUGUAUUACUAUUGCAACGGGGUUACAAAUAAUUCAGAAUAAUCAGAAAGACACAAGUAACACUAGCUCGCCGCGCGAAGAUCAAACUAUUCUUGAACAUUCUUGUUGUAAUCAUGAUCGUCACGAGGUCAACUUUAAGCUUCCACAAAUUCAGAUUUCCAAAUUUGAUGGGUCUUAUUUCAGAUGGUUAGAUUUUCGGGAUUCAUUUUUAUCACUAGUACAUAACAAUAAUCGACUUCAGGCAAUUCAUAAAUUUCAUUAUUUGGUAUCAUAUUUGGAGGGGGAUGCUGCACGUAUAGUUUCUAAUAUUGAAAUAUCCGAGGCAAAUUAUAACGAUGCUUGGCUUUUGCUUUGUGAACGUUAUGAUAACAAAAAACAACUUAUAGCUCAUCACCUCAGUGCUCUUUUUAACAUAAAUACAGUGGCUCGUGAAUCAGAAAGAUCACUUAGAUUUUUGGUAGAUCAUGUAACAAAAAACCUUCGUGCUUUAGCUACUUUAGGCGAACCUACUGACAAGUGGGACACGCUCAUUAUUCAUAUGGUAUCCUCAAAAUUAGACAAUGUUACUAUGGUUAAGUGGCAGGAAUAUCGUAAUACAUUGGAUGAUGUACCCACACUUAAACAAUUUCAUAAAUUCUUAUCCGAUCGUUCAGAUGUUCUCGAAAGUUUAAAUCGAAAUAAACCAGAUAAAAUAUUGUCUCAGUCACGACCUGCAAUUCCAUUAAUUCGUAAAAAUAAUUUUGGCGAACGACAAUUGAAAUCUUUUGCAGCCACAAGUCAAAUAAAUUAUCGCUGUGUUCUAUGCAAAGGAGAUCACCGAAUAUAUAAUUAUCCUAUAUUUUUAAGCAAAAAUGUUGAAGAACGCAAAAUUGAAGUUUCUAAGUUAAACUUGUGUCCUAAUUGCUUAAGAUUUGGGCAUUCAAUUCGUGAAUGCCACUUAGGACCUUGCCGUGAGUGUAAUAAGAGACACAAUACUCUUUUGCACAUCACCAAAAACAAAACUAGUUCUAAAAUUCCUACAGUAGAAAACGAUACUGAUUUCAGUAAUAAUCAUUCAUUAGCAAAUUUUUCUAAACAAAACUUUAAUCAAAUCAUAUUGUCUACAGCAUUAAUCAAUGUAACAAAUCCUAAUACAAAUCAAAGCAAAACAGUCCGCGCACUGCUGGACUGCGGCAGCCAAUCUUCAUUUAUUACUCAAUCUCUUAAACAAUCAUUGUCGCUAGAUUCAAAUCCAAUCCAUACAAUCAACGUUAUAGGCAUAGGAAACAACUCUUGUGAUAAAGUCACAGAGUCAUGCAAUUUGAAAUUCAAUUCAUUAGUUAACAAAGAUUUUAGUAUUUCACUUUCAUGUUUAGUACUAAAGAAUCUUUCAGGAGAAAUCCCUAUUCAAUCCAUCAAUAUUCAGCAAUUCAAAUUACCAAAAAACAUUCAGUUAGCAGACCCGACCUUUGAUCAACCCGCACCAGUAGAAAUCAUUAUUGGUGCCGAUAUAUUUUGGGACAUCUUAGGCUCUGAGCAGAAGUCUCUGGGCCCUAAUAAUCCUAAACUAAGAAGUUCCAAGCUAGGGUGGCUGAUCGGAGGCCCUAUCUCUACCUCUACUCAUAAUAUUCAUAAAAGCAAUAAUAAUCAGUGUCUGUCUAGCCUAUCUUACUUCAACAAAAUUGAUUCACAAUUAUCUAAAUUUUGGGAAUUAGAAUCAGUUCCUCAAGACCCAAUAUUAUCUGAUGCAGAUAAAGAAUGUGAAAACCAUUUUAUUCGUCAUACAUACCGUCUCCCCACGGGUAGAUUCUGUGUUAGGCUCCCAUUAGCUAAUACACCCGAUGUGUUGGGCGAUUCUUAUACACUAGCGAAAAGGCGUUUCCUUAAUUUAGAAAAGCGAUUAAAUAAGAAACCAGAAAUGAAAUCACAAUAUAGCAAUUUUAUUCAUGAAUAUGUACAGUUAGGCCAUCUGGAAAAAAUAUCAACAUUAAAUCUAGGUACAUCAUAUUUUUUAUGCCAUCAUGCUGUAUUUAAAGCUAACAGCGAAUCAACAAAAUUACGAGUAGUUUUUGAUGGGUCGGCACGCACUUCCUCAGGUCUAUCUGUAAAUGACAUACAGUUAAAGGGCCCAAAUAUUCAAGACUCUCUUUUUUCCAUUUUGAUUAGAGCCCGACAGUAUAAAUAUCUCUUGACAGGGGACAUAGAAAAAAUGUACCGCCAGAUUCUCCUUCAUGAAGAGGAUCGUAAUCUGCAGCUCAUACUGUGGAGAGAAGAUGAGUCAAAACCUUUAGAAACGUAUCGAUUAAAUACUGUCACUUACGGGUUUAAAAGUGCCAGCUAUUUGAGUACUCGGUGCCUUUGGCAACUAGGGGAGGAAUGCGAUGACGAUCUCAUAAAAACAAUCAUUCAACACGACUUUUACGUUGAUGACCUAAUAACUGGUGCAGAUGAAGAAGACACCCUUCUCUAUAUACAGAAGUUCGCAGUUGAAGCACUUAGGAAGGGAUGUUUUAAUUUAAGAAAAUUUAGAUCAAAUUCAAAGGCAAUUUAUCAGUCUGAUGUAGUUGAUUCAAAGGAUAAUUUAAGCAUUAGUAAUUCAUUAAAUACGUUAGGGUUAGGUUGGAAUUCCAACACAGAUAAUUUGCAUGUUUCUAUACAGAUACCUUCAAGUAAUGUGUUAACCAAAAGAUUCAUAUUAUCUUCAUCAUUUAAAAUUUUUGAUCCUCUUGAGUUAUUGAGUCCAUGCAUAAUCAAACCUAAAUUAUUAUUACAACUUUUAUGGACUGAAAAACUAACUUGGGACGAACCAGUCUCCGAUCAUUUUAAUUUCGAAUGGAAAAAAUUUGCUGAUAAUUUGCAUUGUUUAAAAUCACUAGACAUACCUAGACGCACACUUUGUGAUUCACCAUCAUCCAUUGAACUGCAUUCUUUCAGCGAUGCAUCUCAGUCUGCAUAUGGGGCGUGCCUAUAUAUGCGAUCCCUUGACUCUCUAGGUAAUGUUACCGUUUCUUUAUUAUGUGGAAAGUCCAAAGUGGCGCCAAUAAAACCAAUGACAAUACCACGGCUUGAGCUGUGCGCCGCCUUAUUGUCUGCAAGACUGGUAAAAACAACUAUUGAUUCUUUAAGAUAUCAAAAUGUACGUCUUAUUCAUUGGUGGGACUCUAGUGUUGUCCUUGGGUGGCUCCGAGCCAACUUCAGUAAUUUAAAAACUUUCGUAGCCAACCGAAUUGUUGAAAUUUGCGAGUUAACAGAUGCUAAUUCUUGGCGUUAUGUUCCAUCCUCUGAGAACCCUGCUGAUCUUAUAUCAAGAGGAGUACAACCCAACGAAAUUGUUAAUAUGUCAUUGUGGUGGUCAGGGCCUUCAUUUCUUUUAAAACCAGAGUUGUUAGAUUUUGCGAUUGGAGAGGAAAUAAAAUUCAAAUUCUCACCAUCUUAUGCUCCUCAUUUCGGCGGUGUCUGGGAGGCCGGCGUAAAAUCGGCUAAAUACCAUGUUAAACGUGUUAUGGGUAACACCCACUUAACUUUCGAAGAGAUAAGCACACUAUUUGCACAAGUGGAAGGUAUCCUUAACAGUCGCCCGUUGUGUCCUUUGUCCUCUAGUCCUAACGAUUUUCUUCCCCUCUCUCCAGGGCACUUUCUUAUUGGACGACCAAUCACUGCAUUACCUGCACCUGAGCUAGUGGAACAGAAGACGACCGCACUCCAACGAUAUGCUCGUCUUGAACAAAUAAGGCAACAUUUCUGGCAGCGCUGGCACAAAGAAUACAUCUCGGAACUGCAACAACGCUCCAAGUGGCGAACAAAGUAUGGACCAGCUUUGAAGAUUGGAGAUUUGGUCCUACUUCAAGAGGAAAACUUGCCUCCCUUAUGCUGGCGUCUUGGACGAGUUGCUCGUCUCUACCAUGGACCUGAUGGUGUGGCACGAGUGGCUGAUGUUAACACAACCAGGGGCUGCCUUAGAAGACCCCUCACCCGCAUCUGCCCACUUUUGGACGACGAAUCUGUUGAAAGGAAAUCAUUCAACGCGGGGGAGGAUGUUUAGGCUUUCAUUCAUGAGAAGAUUUAUUAUUACAUAUAUUUUAAGUUAAAGUUUUAUUGUAUAAAGUUGCAACACAGUAAA